AUGGCAAAGAUUAAACAAAGAUCUAGGAUUGCUAAACUUAGAAACAAAGCUGCCUACCAAAAGAAGAAGGGGGAUGAAGCAGAAGGAGCAAGCUCGGUGGACCAGGUUUUCCCAUUGAUAGAGAGAUUACAAUCAAGCACUGACCUACAUGAAAGAGUGAUAACAGUCAGUACAAUCUCUAUACUUUGUAAUGAUACAGCUUUACGCAAGUCUUUUCUAAAAGAAAAACUGGUUAAGCUUCUGCUAGAGGAAUCGUUGAAAGGAGCUGACAAUCAACUUUUUUCGCAGGUGUUUAUCCUUCUGAAAAUUUUGAUCGAAGAGGAAGGAUAUGAUAUUGGCGCCUAUGUCUGGAGAUUAAAUAUUUGGAACAUCAUAUUAAAAGCUUUUGAAGCUGCUUAUACAGAAAUUAAAUCCAAUGAUCAAUCUCAAAUUAAUCAGUCCACCGAAGCUGCACAACUAAUGGAAAUCGCCUUGGAUUUGGUGUUAAGUCUAUUGGACGCUGAUAAUGCAGACAACUCAUUCUCUGGAAAGGUAUACUCCCAAAUAGUUGAAGAUAAUCUCACUCAGCAUGUGACCAACUUGUUAAACAUGGAUCAUGCUCCUGCAAAUGUUUAUCGGGCUGGUCUUGGUUAUCUCUUCAAUCUGUGUAAUUACAGUGCUGAGUUUGUUAAGGGCUUGAAGAAAGAUGAAGAGGUUCAGUUUGCCAUUCUGGAGCACAAGGCCACUGAUGAAUUGAGCAAGCUGUACUUGGAAGGAUUGAAGUUUCAUUUCUUUGAAAUUGAAAGAAAACAGAAUAUCGACCAAUUUUUGGCAAAUGCUUACAAAUAUAUUUUGGAGAUAAUCACACCAAUUGAUGUUCAGGGACAAUUGACAGCAUUAGGAUCGUCAGGGUCGAGCAUACAUUCAUCCGAAGCACGUAUUCAGUUGCUGUCUAUCGACGUCGGCCUCGAUUUGUUGGCCACAUUGGUGGAGUACAAUGGGACGCAGGCAGAAUUGGAUGAAUAUGAACGUAUCGAAGUGAACCCAGAAUUGCUUGAGUUUUAUGAAGAUAGUCUUGGAAAGACUGUUUUGGAGCUAUGGAAAUUCAGCAAUUUUCAACAUAGAGUUUCUAGGGUAUUGAACAACCUCUUUUGGCUCAUGCUUACAAACAAGACGCCAUUGAAUGAGGUCUGGUAUCAGUCGCAGGCCAACUUCUUGAGGGAAGAAUUAGUUCCCAAACUGUUCCAUAUUGUUGAGUACGGAAACUUUGAUGACUUCGAACUCUUUGUGGAGGACAAACUGGAUUAUUUGAACCUGGCAUGGGUUUUACUAAAGUCACAAAAAUCAGUGGGCUACUUUUCUUUGGAUGAUUUGAUUGGCCUUUUUUCCCUUCCAAAAUUGGCAUCAUUAUACGAAUUUUCCAUGAAACUACUAAUAAACAAUUAUAAACAAGAUUCUGAAUUCUUGCUUAGCCCCUAUACUAUCCAACAGUUUUUUACGUCUCUAGUAGGUAUCAACACAGAACUAGCAUUAAACAUCAGCUCUUCUAACUCAUACAUCGAUGUCAUUGAUAUUAUAAGCCAAUUCCAUAUCCAGUUGUUGGGUACGUCUCUCAUGAUAUUGAACCCUAAGGUGCGAUUUGAAUCCAAAGUCAUUACUGAGCAAUCUAAUUAUUCGGCAAAGAAAGUGAAAGACAAUUUCGGAACUUCAUUAGAAACUAUUUGUAUCGAAACCAUAAACUCUUUCUUUGACAUCUUUAGUGAUGCCAGCUUCAGUUACGACCAACCAAUAUUUGUUCUCAAAAAUGUAGGUCUCCAACUGCAAGACUUCCUCAAGUCUUAUCGCACAGUUUACAAGAGCAUCGAUAAGAACAAGUUUAACGGCCUCAAAAUCAAAAGUGAAGAAACCUUAACAAAUUUGGAGAGAUUCAUCCAAUACAAAAAAUCUGAGAGUGGAUAA